UUUAGAUAAUCACAUAAUAAAACGUAUGAACCAAGUGUAUAUCGUUUACCCAUUAGAUAGAGGAUGCCUAAUCGAACAAAGCAAAAUACUGCAUCGCUGUGAUUCAUAUAACGCUACCAAGUGCAUUUAAUUAUGAACGAUUAUCAUAAUAUGGCAAUCGCUAUUAUAGCAAUUCAGAAAAGGUAAUUUAUUUUGUUCUGUAUCGCAAUGGUUGGUGUUACAACGCCGCCUUUACGUGUGUGUAGUGCGUGAGUGACGACAUAGUAAAAUGUGUGAGUGUCAGAAUAAGUUAAAGAAUCAAAUUGGUGGGACUUUGAAAUUUUUCAAAUCGCUGGAUGUUAACAAGUAUGCCACGAAGAAGACUAUAGCCCAAGGCCUCCUAGAUGUAGCUUUGCUAACAGCUAAUGCUUCUCAGUUGAAGUACGUGCUUCAAGUUGGUGAAAAGCAUGAGUUCUACACUUUGAUGCUGACACUCAUCAUAGUGUCCAUUAUACUGCAAGGAACAGCAGCUUUCUUGGCGUUGAUCGUUUCAAUCCUAGCAAGUCGGGGAGAUGAUAAUUUGACCGUCGUUACCUGGAUCUUGCAUCAUAUUUCUUUGGCUUUUGUCACGGGAGCUCUCUUUUGUGACGUCAUCAAAAUGAAUUUUGGUUUGGACCCCGCUGUCCCUUACAAUGACAAUACGACCUUUAAAAAGGGGGAGCUCUGAAAGUGGUUCUCCAAGCCAUCCUUUGCGUCCUCCUGGGAUCCAGAUUGGACAUAAACAAGGAAAAUCAUCAGGAAAACGCAAACAAAGCCAACAACGUCAUCUUAUGUCUAAACAUCCUUGUGAUGGCUACGAAUAUAUUGAUCAGCGCAUUCGAAAUGAAAGAGAGCACUGAUCACCUCGAUGGCAACACCACUAUCAUUCCUUCUGCUGUUAGUAGCAUCGGAUAAAUGUACUGAUGAUUCAUAUGAAACACGUUUGUAGCUGAUUAGUAAAAAAUGAUUUAACGAGCAUUAGCAGACUGGAAUAAGUUUAUUAUUAUUAUUAUUUAUAGAUCAAUCGAAUAAAAGCAGUUUCCUUGCGUUCCUUUUUAUAUAGAAUUUGUAAUAUCUCAUUUUUUUAUAUCACUGUCGCGCAAUUUUUAAUGCUUCUGUGCGUUUUCAGAACCCUGUUACUCUUUACUAUUUAUUUGACCAUUUCGAAGGUGCUUCAUAAUUAAGUAUGUACCAUAAAUUUAACAGACGAUUCUUUGAGUAAUUUUAAGACAGAAAGUUCAUAUAAACAUGGUCCGCUAACUCUACGUCCUCAAGAUACAGGGUGUUAAAAUUUAAACAAAAAGAUUUUUUGUAAAGUUCUUAAAUAUCCUUUACCUAAUUUUGUUGUAAUUUGGCGGAGGUAUUUGUAACACUAAAGAGCUAAAUUAGCCCUGACUUGAGUAUAUCUUUUCGAGAAAAGAGUAUCCCUGGACCGCGCAAGGAUUAUGGGAAAAAGUGAUAUUUUGGAAAUUAUUUUAUAAUUUUUCAUUAUAAAUAAUUAUGCAACAACAACAACAACGAAUACUAAAUAACACUAACAUCUAGACUAACAAAUUUCACUGUUAAAUGUAUGGUAUAUACUUAACUGAAGCGCAAACAUAUGAAGUAAUGUCUUUCAUCCAGUUCGAUUUGUGUGUAAUGUAAUAUUUUUGUAACUGAUGACUAUUAAGUGUAUGACAGCUGUAUGCUUAUUUUACUGUAAGAUAACCUUGCACCAUAAACAGAUAAAUAUAAAUUUAGGAAUUUGAAAUAACCAUAGGUAAAAAUACUUAUUGAUGUCUAGGGCCCUUCUGAAAUUAUAUGUCUGUAUUCUUUUUGUUAUUUUAUUUUCAGUGAUAUAUCCAAACAAUAGUAC